GGCAAUGCGGUAGCAACAUUCGCGCGCCUGCUCCCAUUCUGGUCCGCCCCCAACUCCAAGCAGGCAGAGAGCCAGACAGCGCCUGCUCAAACCAGAAUGGCGGCUCUUUUGGAAUCGUUGCUACAGAAGGAAGUGGAGGCUAUCAAGGCCGUAGAAUGGCUAAAACACGACGAGGUAAGUGACAAAUAAUGCAAACCUAGAUUAAGUGGAAUUCGUAGUGUCUGGUUUCAAUAGUUUUGCAUGCACUACGAAAUGUCAUCGUAGAACGGAUGUAAACAAAACUUUUCCACUGCUCGCUCACCUGCUAUUUUCAAUAUAGAAACUAGGCUAGCUAGCCAGCUUGCUAGCUAACUGUUUUGGAAUCAAUAGCUUGCUAGCUAGUCAACUGACAACUCGCUACCUGUCCUAUCAACUUCAAAAUGAUGCAAAUCAGGACAUCAAAACAAGCUAUUUCUUUAGGAAAGUAUUGCUAGUUAGCUGUCAACGCUUGCUUGCUAACUAACUAACGAUGACCACUUCAAGACAUAACUAGCUAGCUAGUUAACGUUAUGUAGCUAGAUAUUCUUGAGACGUUCUCAUACAUUCUUCCUACUGUUACUGUCACAACAGGACAGUGACAGCUUGGCAUGGUGUAAACCACUGAAGAUUGAAAGACAGGAGUUUGUUCCUUUCCUGUUGAACUUCCUGCGGGAGCAGAGCAGCUCCGCCCUCACCCAUGGCCCUGCCACACCCGCCAAGACCCCCAGCCGCCCCAGGGUCUCCCAGCCCUCUCAGCAGGGGCCAGGCUUCUCCAGUGAACGCAGGGGGGGCUGCAGAUCGACCGGACAUGGGACCGGUCCUCAUAGCGCCAGCCGUGUCCAGCUAUUCUCCUCCACUCCCUCCCUGUCCCCUGGGGCUGAGUGGGAUACUACCCACCCCCCAUCCGGCUCCCACUGCCUGAGUGGCGGUAGCCUAAGUGGGGUCAGUGCCCUCAGUAGUCCUUCCUUCAGCUCAGCCAGGAGCCCUGCUCCAGCGUCCACCCCCAGGCACACUCCCUCAGAGCGCCGCUCCGACCAGAGAGCCAGUUUGGGGGAUUUCAUGCUGUCACCUCCAGAGCUCCAGAACCAACCCCACCACCACAGUCUCAGCCUGGGGGUCCAGCAGCAGCCGCGUGGCCGCAGGAGGAGUGCCGGGAUGGGAAUGGGAGGGCAGGGGAGGCAGGGUGGGGGGCGUGGUGUGUUCCAGUUUGAAGAGGUGGUGCCAGGAAGAUCUGAGGGUGGUGGGAGGAAGGGAAGGGGAUCAGGGGCUACUAAAAUGGGUGACCCAGCCGUGUCACCUCCAAAGUCUCAGACGCCAACGCUGGUCCAGCUCAACUUAACCAACCUGGAAGACUUCCCACCUAUGGGGAUGUCACAUGCCUCACCACUGUGAGUUAUAUUCUAUGCCUUGAAUUGAAUUUAAGAACACUGAAUGAAAUGUCUCACCUGUGAAUUAAGAGAUCAAUCAAAACAUACAAAAUAUCUUACUUCAACCAAAACAAUGAACAACAAUGUUAUUUUAUCGUACCACUUCUUUCUCCACUAGACUGCAGACAAAACCAUCUCGGAGGAUCAACCCAACCCCAGUCAGUGCAGAGCGGCCUCACUCCAGACCGAAGACCUGUUUCACUUCCACCCCGUUCAGCACCAGGCCCUCCAGCCCUCCCCCAGUCCCAGAGGCAGUCACUGGGGCCAUCGAAGGGUGCAUCACUGGGGCCCUGAAACUGAACAUGGGCAGCCCCCCUCUCAGUCUGCAGGAGGAGAGAGAACUGCUAAAGAGAGUGAAGUAAGUGGGUUAAGGAGGCCAGUCACCAUUAUAACACACACCUCUUUUUAUCCAGACUUAAUACUUGUUUACUUCUUCUAGGACCGAUUUCCCAAACACAGAGUAAGCCAAAUCCUGGACUAAAAAUACUUUUCUAAAAUGGAAAAUCUCAAUUGAAAGUUGUUUUAUUCCAGGAGUAGUCUUAAUUUGCGCUCAUGAAAUCGGUCCUUUUUCUACCUCUGUCAAUCUCAAUUAUCCCACUUGUUCCUUUACUGUCAUUUUCAACAUGUUAUUUUUUUAAUUUUAGGUGUAAACGAGCCCAGCAGGUGUGCUCCCCUCUACCCCCCUCUCUGGACCCCUGUACCCCUACCAAAUCAGGGCUCCGGCCGGGAUCAGGCUCCAAAAUGACCCCUGACACCCAGGGGUCAUGUCCUGACCCCACUAAAGUCACCUUGACCUCUGAACUGGACCUUCUGGCUGACCUCUACUGCACCUGCAUCUCUGGUACAUGACCUGUAGGGGGAGACAGUGUUUCAUGCUGGGGGGGGGGGGUAACCUGGUCCUUGUGACAGUCCCAGAUAUGUUUGUGCUGUCUGCAAUGAUCAUAGAAGUUGGCACGACAGCACAACAGAUCUGGGACCAGGGUUGGCUAGCUAUUUAAUCAACAUUUGUUUUUUGUUCUUUUGGAAAUCUGCUUUUGUUAGUUUAAGAUUUUAAGUACUUUAGUAGAGGUAAUGUGCAUGUAGUAUGAUUUUAGAAUUACUGUAGUGUAAUAACAUCAAUUCUGGUUUAGAUUCUAAAGUUGUGUUCGGUCUAUCUCUUUCUGACAGAAAACCUAGUUCCCAACGUGUUCCUGGAGAUGUUCUUUGUACUGCAGCUGCUGACAUCUAGAACACCAGCCAUCACAGAGGAAGAGGACAAGGAUCUAAGUAUGGUGAAGUCAGGUGAGAGGUGGCGAUUCUUUCGCAGGACUAGUAAUUAUUAUGGAUGGAGUUCUGGAAUGUUCUUUCUUUCAGCUAAGAUGUAUUUAUUUCAAUGUAGGGCUUAAUUCAUGUUUUAUUGGUGUUUAUAUAUGACUUUGCUAAACCCUUUGUGUUAUGUUUGAUUUACACAGAUGUCCUGGAAAGAGGCUACCUCAGCAAGGUGCAUAACUGUGUCUACUUCUCUGUCAGGGUGUUGGAGAAUCAGUUUGAGUGAGUUCUUCUUUCUUUAUGGACAAAUUAUACUGAACAUUUAAGACUUGAAUCUUAUGAUAGUCUGGCUCCAUAUAAUAAUAAUAUAAUAAUAACAAUAUGCCAUUUAGCAGACGCUUUUAUCCAAAGCGACUUACAGUCAUGCGUGCAUACAUUUUUGUGUAUGGGUGGUCCCGGGGAUCGAACCCACUACCCUGGCGUUACAAGCGCCGUGCUCUACCAGCUGAGCUACAGUACAAUGUGUUUGUACUGGACCUGCACUCUUGGCUAGGUCUCCCUUGUAAAAGAGGUAAUUUGACGACAAGGUUAAACAAUCUUUGUCUGUCAGGUUGGUAUCUCACCUGGAUAAAGACACCCUGCGUCUGUUGGCUGAGAACGAGAGGGUGACCUGCUUCUCCCCAUCCCUGAGAAACAGGCUGAACCUGGCACAGGACACCAGCACAGCCAAGGUACAUAACCCAACAUUAUCACAAUAUGACGAGCACUAUUGCACUCAUGCUUUGUUCACUUCAGUCAACUCGGAAGUAAACAGCAAUUCAAAUGUUCCUAAUCACAAAGCAAUCAAUUGACUGAAUUGAAAUGUAAUUGAGCCCAAACCUCUCUCUCUCUUCCCUUCCAGGUCUUGCCCUCUGUUGACACCUUCAUCCACUCUGUCCCAUUCCAGCCUGCCACUGACAACCGCUCCAACUUCAGCAGUGACAAAGCCUUCCACACCUUCAAGAAGCAGAGGGAUAUUUUCUACGAGGUGCUGCGAGAGUGGGAGGACUUCCACAAGGAACCUAGAUGGGAGUUUGAAGCUGCACUAGGCAGUAGGGUCAGGUAAGACCAAUACUAGUGCUGACACACUAAGGGACAGUUUCACAGAACGAGAUUAAGCCUACUCCUGGACUAAAAAGGCUCUGGGUCUGGCAAAAUGUGGUGUCUUUUUAUAGGAGUAGGCCUAGUUAAUGGUCAUGUUAUGACGGUGGUGUCGUUGUGCUUCCUCCCUUUCAGAGGAAUGGUGAGUCAACUGAACUCCGCUGGAAACCACUCCCAUUUCGCCAGACUGUUCCUCAAGCAGCUGGUGCAGGUAUGGAAUUGGGAUGGUGCGAUUCCACACACACUCGUGCACUCUCUCGCUCACAGCCCUCCUCCCCUCUCUCUGUCUAGAUGUGUAAAGGUCCCCGUGCCUUGGGCUCCCCGGGUGACGCCCCCGACGCGGACCUGCUAGGCAUGCUGGGAGCAGACAGCCUGGGGCGUUUAAAGCGUCUGGAGGAGCGUCUGAUCCAGCCCCAGGGCAUUCUGGGACCCUGUCCUCCACCUUCCUUCCCAGGACACCAGGAGUUCUUCAGGGACUUCUUAAAGACUGCAAGCUGGUGAGAUUAUAGACAGUGGUGUUCCAGCUUGGAUACAAUGCAGUCACAUUGUGCAGAUGACCAGAUUGUCAAGUCAUUGAUCGGGUUCCUGCAAUGUAAACACUACUUGCGCAUUUUUCAGAGAUCUGAUACAGACUGUUUGUUCUCAGAUCUCUACAGAUGCGGAAGUAGCCUGAUUUGCCAUUUGGUUGAAUGCCUACCCCUAACCCUACCUCUGUCCUAGCUGCCAGCUGAACCAGCACCUGAAGGACAGUCUGUGUCAGCAGCUCCUCCAGCUAGACGAGGUGUCCAUCCUGGCUCCUGUGGUCUCCAGUACAGAGGGAGAGGGAGACAUGGAACAACAGGUUAGCACUGAUCACUCUGCAGACUUGGUGCACCUCAUUCAGAAUGGGUCUUGGUGGAGAACAUAUUUUCUUGAAAUGUCAACCCUUUUAAUGGUUUAAUUUUCCCUUUCCCAUAUCUCCUCUCCCUCCCUCUCCCUCCUGUCUUUCUCUAUCAGGAUGAGAAGCAGCGUUUCUCCUCUGUCCUACUGUUGGCUCGUCUCUUAGCUAAGUUCCUGGGUUAUAUCUCCUUCCUGCCAUACCAGACCUCUGAGAGAACCUCCAGGGAGAUACAGGAGGCUACUGCCGCCCUCCGCAGCAAGGUACUGUGGCACCAGAGUUGGAAUAGUAGUCUGUGGAAGCAAUUCAGGAAGUAGACUUCAAACCAGAAUUGAAAUGUCACUGACCCUAACCCUGGUUGGAAGAGGCAUAUGUUUUGUUAUACAUGCAUAGAUGGUUAAUUUUCAUCCAUCCAUUAUCAGAAGAUAUCGAUUGUAUUAGAAGUCAGUAAAGUACUAGUUUCUUACCCGAUUGUGUCUUCCCUCCUCUGUGCUUUUUCCUUCCCUCAUUCUCAGAGUACCUCUGUGCUGGAUGUGUGUGCGGUGCUGCGUAGCUGUGUUCGUAGGAGACGGACCAUCCUGACUGUGCCCUGGCUGGUGGAGUUCCUUUCCAUGCUGGACUUCACCGGACCCUUCCUCCUCUGCUACAGGACCGUUCUGGGACUGCUGCUCAGCCUAUACAGGUAUGUGUUACUUUCUCUAUCAUUUCCUUUUUAGCCCUUUGACUUUCUCUCUUGCAUGUGUUCUCACACUCCUCCUCCUCUCUCCUACCUUCUUCCUGUCUCCAGUUGUCUUCCUUCAUUUCUCCCUUUCUCUUUCUACCUAUCUCUCUCUCGCCAUCCCUCUAUUUUUCCCUUUCCUCUCUGCUUCCCCGUCUCUCUCUCGUGAUCUGAUGUCCUGACCCAGUGUGUAUUCCUUAGGCGGAUGGUGCUGUCCAGAGGAGGAGAGGUAUGUUACCUGAAUCAGCUUCUCAUGGUGGCUGUACUGGGCUGGCUAUUCCAGAUCCCAGUGAUCCCGGAGGAGCUUUUCUUCAGUACUGAUUUCGCUGUAGACGUUGAGCUGGAGGAGAGCCAGACCAACGUCCAGGGACUUGUGAGUAAACCGUAAUUGCUCUCGUCAAUUAAAUUUGAAGGCGAAAUGCCACAGUCUUUUCAUGAGUUUUGAUGAACUUUAUUUUUAUUAUUUAUCAGGACUGUCUCCCCCUGGUGGACCAACAGCUCCUCUACACCUGCUGUCCUUUCCUGGGUGGGUACAUCCAUAGAAAUCGAAUGAGUCAUUUAUAGUAAUAGACAAUAGUUAUUCUAUUUCUAUGUGUACAGUCUUCUGCAGGGGCCCGAAUGGUGUUCUCACAACUGUAGUUGUUUGAUGUUCUGUUCUAUUUCCUGUUAUCAGGUGAGUUCCGUAAGCUCCUCGCUGCCUUUGUGGCCGGUAGCUCUGCCAGGGGUGGAGGCCUCAUCCGUAAGAUCACCCCUACCUCUGCUGAGCUGAGAGGAACCCCCACCACCACCAGGUCACAGCACAAACUGCAGGUACAGUCCUAGGAGUAGCGGUUCAGCUGGCCUAUGUGGUCUAGUGGUUAGUGCCGUCACCUACAGCACAUAUACCUUCCCAUGUUGGUGUGGUUUUGAAUCCGACGUACUGCCUAUGUGAUACUCUCCUACUAUCUUUCUUACCAUCUGUCCUCUUUCCAGCAAAACAUACUAAAUAGGAAGAAAUGUGUCUAUAGAACCACAUUGAUUUGUCUUUGUUACUUCUGUCUGUGAAGGUGGAUUUGGAGCAAGCCUUCUUCCAUAACCAGCCUCCAUCUCUCAGACGAACCGUGGAGUUUGUAGCUGAGAGGGUGGGAUCCAACUGUGUCAAACACAUGAAGUGGGUACAGUCGUGUGUAUACAGUAUAUACUUAGUGUACAAAACAUUAGGAACACCUUUCUAAUAUUGAGUUGCACCCCCUUUUGCCCACAGAACAGCCUCAAUUCGUCAGGGGCAAGGACUCUACAAGGUGCCAAGUGUUCCACAGGGAUGCUGGCCCAUGUUGACUCCAAUGUUUCCCACAGUUGUCAAGUUGGCUUGAUGUCCUUUGGGUGGUGGACCAUUUUUUAAACGGGAAACUGUUGUGCGUGAAAAGCCCAGCAGCGUUGCAGUUCUUGACAUAAACCGGUGCGUGUGGCACGUACUACCAUACCCCAUUCAAUGGCACUUAAAUAUUUUGUGUUGCCCAUUCACCCUCUGAAUGACACAUACACAAUCCACGUCUCAAUUGUCUCAAGGCUUAAAAAUCCUUCUUUAACCUGUCUCCUCCCCUUCAUCUACACUGAUUGAAGUGGAUUUAACAGGUGAUAUCAAUAAGGGAUCAUAGCAUUCACCUGGAUAGCCUAUGUCAUGGAAAGAGCUGGUGUUCCUAAUGUUUUGUACACUCGUUGUAUAUAAUAUUGUGAUAGUAUGUAUCCACUCUUUGUAGAUUACUUUGUUGAUACAUUUGAGAUGGUAGGAUCCUCAUGUGACUGUGUGUGUGUUGCAGGGCCACGUUGGUGUGUGAGCUGGUCCGUGGUGGAGAGAGAUUGCUGAGGGAGGGGCUGAUCUCACCAGGGGCCAACGUUCUGAAACUCAAUGACUCCAUCUGUGCUCAGCUCUGUGACGGAGGCCAGGAGGCUCUGGAGAGAGCUACCAGGUACACAUGGUUUCAUCUGUGUGUGGUUAUAUACUUGAUUCAUGGAGCUUGCCAAUGAAAUGGUCCCAAAAGUGCAAACCCUGCCUAUCUGGUACUAUUUAAACCCAGGUCUGCUGGGGUGUUAUAUAUUACUGUUCAAAAGUUUGGGGUCACUUAGAAAUGUCGUUCUUUUCAAUUUUUUUGUCCAUUUUUAAAAUAACAUCAAAUUGAUCAGAAAUACAGUGUAGACAUUGUUAAUGUUGUAAAUGGCUAUUGUAGCUGGAAACGGCUGAUUCUUAAUGGAAUAUCUUCAUAGGCGUACAGAGGCCCAUUAUCAGCAACCAUCAGUCCUGUGUUCCAAUGGCACGCUGUGUUUGCUUAAUCCAGGUUGAUCAUUUUAAAAGGCCAAUUGAUCAUUACAAAACCCUUUUGCAAUUAUGUUAGCACAGCUGAAAACUGUUGUGCUUAUUAAAGAAGCAAUAAAACUGGCCUUUAAGUGGUCUCUUAAUUUUUUCCAGAGUUGUAUAUACAGUACCAGUCAAAGGUUUGGACACCUACUCAUUCCAGGGUUUUUCUUUAUUUGUACUAUUUUCUACAUUGUAGAAUUAUAGUGAAGACAACAACACUAUGAAAUAACACAUGGAAUCAUGUAGUAACCAAAAAACAAAUCAAAAUAUAUUUCAGAUUCUUCAAGUAGCCACCCUUUGCCUUCAUGACAGCUUUGCACACUUUUGGUAUUAUCUCAACCAGCUUCAUGAGGUAGUCACCUGGAAUGCAUUUAAAUUAACAGGUGUGCCUUGUUAAAAGUUAAUUUGUGGAAUUUCUUUCCUUCUUAAUGCGUUUGAGCCAAUCAGUUGUGUUGUGACAAGGUAGUGGGGGGUAUACAGAAGAUAGCCCUAUUUGGUAAAAGACCAAGUCCAUAUUAUGGCAAGAACAGCUCAAAUAAGCAAAGAGAAAUGACAGUCCAUCAUUACUGUAAGACAUGAAGGUCUGUCAAUCCGGAAAAUUUCAAGAACUUUGAAAGUUUCUUCAAGUGCAGUCACAAAAACCAUCAAGCACUAUGAUGAAACUGGCUCUCAUGAGGACCGCCACAGGAAAGGAAGACCCAGAGUUACCUCUGCUGCAGAGGAUAAGUUCACUAGAAUAACUGAUUGCAGCCCAAAUAAAUGCUUCACAGAGUUCAAGUAACAGACACAUCUCAACACCAACUGUUCAGAGGAGACUGCGUGAAUCAGGCCUUCAUGGUCGAAUUACAUUUACAUUUUAGUCAUUUAGCAGACGCUCUUAUCCAGUGCGACUUACAGUUAGUGAGUGCAUACAUUUUCAUACUGGCCCCCCGUGGGAAACGAACCCACAACCCUGGCGUUGCAAGCGCCAUGCUCUACCAACUGAGCUACAGGGGACUUGCUGCAAAGAAACCACUACUAAAGGACACCAAUAAGAGGAAGAAACUUGCUUUGGCCAAGAAACACAAGCAAUUGACAUUAGACCGGUGGAAAUCUGUCCUUUGGUCUGAUGAGACCAAAUUUGAGAUUUUUGGUUCAAUCGCUGUGUCUUUGUGAGACGCAGAGUAAGUAGGUGAAUGGAUGAUCUCAGCAUGUGUGGUUCCCACCGUGAAGCAUGGAGGAGGAUGUGUGAGGGUGCUUUGCUGGUGACACUGUCAGUGAUUUAUUUAUUUAAAAAAUUAAAAGCUGGUUGAGAGAAUGCCAAGAGUGUGCAAAGCUGUCAUCAAGGCUACUUUGAAGAAUCUAAAAUCUCACACAUAUUUUGAUUUGUUUAACACUUAUUUGGUUACUACAUGAUUUCAUGUGUUAUUUCAUAGUUUUGAGAUCUUCACUAUUAUUCUACAAUGUAGAAAAUAGUAAAAAUAAAGAAAAACCCUUGAAUGAGUAGGUGUCCAAAAUUUUUACAGGUACUAUAUAUAUAUAUAUUUUUUUUUUGUGGGGCUUUGACUCUUUUGUGCAUUCAGGUUUUGUAGUGAGAAGGGUCCAGAAGCCAUCAGGGUUCUUCUUCCUGACGAGACGUCUCUUGCUGUAAGUCUAUUCAGUGUUGCUCUUUCAACUCUUUCUGUCUAUAUUAACAUUUUAGUAAUUUAGCAGACACUCUUAUCUAGAGCAACAUACAGUUAGUGCAUCUAUAUCUUAAGAUGACUAGGUGAGACAACCGCACAUCAGUCAUAGUACAUUUUCCCUUAAUAAUAUACAGUGGGGGAAAAAGUAUUUAGUCAGCCACCAAUUGUGCAAGUCCUCCCACUUAAAAAGAUGAGAGAGGCCUGUAAUUUUCAUCAUAGGUACACGUCAACUAUGACAGACAAAAUUGAGUGAAAAAAAUCCAGAAAAAUCACAUGCUUCACAGUAGGUAUGGUGUUCUUUGGAUGUCAACUCAUGCAGAUCUCCUCUAGAGCAGUGACGUUUUGGGGCUGUCGCUGGGCAACACAGACUUUCAACUCCCUCCAAAGAUUUUCUAUGGGGUUGAGAUCUGGAGACUAGCUUGGCCACUCCAGGACCUUGAAAUGCUUUUACGAAGCCACUCCUUUGUUGCCCGGGCGGUGUGUUUUGUGAUCAUUGUCAUGCUGAAAGACCCAGCCACGUUUCAUCUUCAAUGCCCUUGCUGAUGGAAGGAGGUUUUCACUCAAAAUCUCACGAUACAUGGCCCCAUUCAUUCUUUCCUUUACACGGAUCAGUCGUCCUGGUCCCUUUGCAGAAAAACAGCCCCAAAGCAUGAUGUUUCCACCCCCAUGCUUCACAGUAGGUAUGUGUUUUUGGAUGCAACUCAGCAUUCUUUGUCCUCCAAACCGACGAGUUGAGUUUUUACCAAAAAGUUAUAUUUUGGUUUCAACUGACAAUUUGACAUUCUCCCAAUCCUCUUCUGGAUCAUCCAAAUGCACUCUAGCAAACUUCAGACGGGCCUGGACAUGUACUGGCUUAAGCAGGGGGACACGUCUGGCACUGCAGGAUUUGAGUCCCUGGCGGCGUAGUAGUGUGUUACUGAUGGUAGGCUUUGUUACUUUGGUCCCAGCUCUCUGCAGGUCAUUCACUAGGUCCCCCGUGUGGUUCUGGGAUUUUUGCUCACCGUGUGUUCAUUUUUGCUCACCUUGUGUUCAUUUUGACCCCACGGGGUGAGAUCUUGCGUGGAGCCCCAUAUCGAGGGAGAUUAUCAGUGGUCUUGUAUGUCUUCCAUUUCCUAAUAAUUGCUCGCACAGUUGAUUUCUUCAAACCAAGCUGCUUACCUAUUGGAGAUUCAGUCUUCCCAGCCUGGUGCAGGUCUACAAUUUUGUUUCUGGUGUCCUUUGACAGCUCUUUGGUCUUGGCCAUAGUGGAGUUUGGAGUGUGACUGUUUGAGGUUGUGGACAGGUGUCUUUUAUACUGAUAACAAGUUCAAACAGGUGCCAUUAAUACAGGUAACGAGUGGAGGACAGAGGAGCCUCUUAAAGAAGUUGUUACAGGUCUGUGAAAGCCAGAAAUCUUGCUUGUUUGUAGGUGACCAAAUAGUUAUUUUCCACCAUAAUUUGCAAAUAAAUUCAUAAAAAAUCCUACAAUGUGAUUUUCUGGAUUUUCUUUCCUCAAUUUGUCUGUCAUAGUUGACGUGUACCUAUGAUGAAAAUUACAGGCCUCUCUCAUCUUUUUAAGUGGGAGAACUUGCACAAUUGGUGGCUGACUAAAUAAAAAAAUUUCCCCACUGUAGCUAAAGCUAAAUCAGUCCUUGCUGACGAUGCUAACAUGCGUUGUCUCUCCCGCCAGGUUCUCACUACGUCUGAGAACAUCACCAAGCGCCUGGCCACUGAGAAGGCCUGCAGCUGGCUCUCCUCCAACAUCACAGCUCUGGUCAAGCGAGAGUGGAAAACAAAGUUUGACCGUGUGAUGAAGUCUCUUCCCAGCCCAGAGGCUAGUGGUGUGGAGGGUUCUGGUUCUAGUUUUGGCCUUGGGGUCGUGGCUAAAGCUGGAGCUGCAGCAGUCACCCAGGAGCAGUCACGUACCCCAAAACGGGACGUGGGCAAGGAGGAGGCUUUGACGUCCUGCCCUCCAGACUGCCACCACAGUGCACCACGACCAUCUGAUGUCCUGGUAGAGAUUAAGGUACUGUUCUAAUGAAUGUAGUAUACAAGGAUUUAAUGCUAUCCUUAUUAUAGACACUAGUUUGGAGCUAGGAACACAAGCAUUUCGCUACACCUGCAAAGACCUCUACUAAAUAUGUGUAUGCAACCAAUACAAUUUGAUUUGACUAUGAUGGGUAGAAGUAUGAUCGAUUUUAUGCUAUCAGAAUAAUGGUAUAUUAUGUGAGGUUCAGCUUCAGCUUUGACAUAUUCAGGUUGCAGCUCUGGUGAAUCAGUCUUAUUGAUAAUGAUAUAAAAGAGGAAGAUUGUGCCCCCUACAGGAGAUGUUGAGUAUUGCAGUGGGCCCCAGGUCUGAAAAGGAGGUGCUGACUGGUCUACAGCUGAAAGCUCUACUGGACAGUGUAGGAGACACACUGAGCUGCAGAAAGGUACCACGGGCUGUUGUCACCUUGGUCCUGAUUAACACAUGCUUUAUACUCUCACAAUGAACAUGGGUUUAUGAUUCAAAUAGAGGUCCUGCAUAGGGCUGUUGUGGUGACAGGAUUACUGCCACACCUGCAGUCAUGAGUCAUGUCCACAGUCAAAUUCCACGUGACUGUUUGAGUCACGGUAACCUCCUAUGCGGUCUGUAUAUGAAAGGCACUGAUGCAUUGGUAGUACCCAACUCGCUAACGACCGUUAGGUCGGUAAUGGUCUGGUACUCAGCGCUCUGUUGUCCCUCUAAGCACUCUGACAUCAAUGCAAAUACAAUCGAAAAUCACAUCAAACACUUAUCAUCAAAACAGUAUCAUGCUUUUAAAACUCACUGUUAGGCUACAUUGUUUGACCUCACUGUCAUCAAUCAAUUUGAAGAAAAGUUCAACAAUAUGUUGAAACUGAGUGGAAAACAUGGUCGUUGUGGAUCUUGUUUCAGAGCCAAACACAACGAAAUGGACAGCGCUUUCUGAGGUGAUGAUUAAUGCAAAGCAUUUAAGGCAUUGCAUGUAGAACACCCAUUGGCAUAUUAAAGCUUAUGCAUAGGCCUAUAUAAAGCCUGAAUUAAAAUAACGAUUGUGCUGUACAAUAGGCCUUUAUAGCCUAAUAGCCUACUGCAUAUUACGCACGGCAGAAAAACCUAAAAGAAAAACAGAUUUAAGAUGUCUUUGUACAUAAUUGGUCUAGACUAUAGGCUACUCCAAAAUGAAACAAAUUCUAGUAAUCACCUUUGAGUGUGGACUGUAUUAUAUGCAUACUGGAUGGCCUGGUCAACUUAUGCUACGCUCCAAACUUUCUAUCCAUGAGUCUGGGAGAGAACGUAUAGGCCUAGGCGAUGCUGUUGGUUCAUUGAUUGCGCAGGGGGACUUACGGAGUAUAGUUAGCCUACUAUUAAAGUGAAUUUGUAUUUGAUUUUGAAUAGCCUAGUAAUAGGGUAUUUUUGUAUAUUAUCAUAAUUAAUAGGCUGACGCAUUACCUUUGCUACAGAAUAUCUCACCACCGUGCGUUUCCAUCUCCUCUCUCCUUCAUUACUUUCUUGAGCACGCAGAGAGAGGGGUUGUCAACAGUUUAAUGAAAUGUGUUUGAUGCGUAUAGUGAAAUAUGUGUUCUUAUGAGCCCAGACAUUUCUAAAUGCAAUCCUGUGUGACAGCAUAGUUUUGAUGGUUGCCACUAAAAAGAUGAGGAUCCCAGCUUUCUACUGUUACUAUAUUUAUUUCUCAGCUGCUAAUAUUAAGAACCUUAAGCUCUACUGUAAAACCGGAGUAUCCUACCCGGCAUGAAAGAAAAGGGAACCGCAGGAAAGCGCAGCCUCCAUUCGCUAUUGGAGUGCUUACAGAUGACAUGUCUUUUCCCCCCUGCCACUGUUCCUGCCCAUUUGAUAAUGGCCCAUCCUAAAUCUAAAUAUUUUCACAUAUUAGUAAAGAUAAGAUUAAAUUGAGAAUAGUCUGAUGGGUGAGAAUAUUUUGACUUGAUGAGAGAACAGCGUGUGCAGCCUGAGGCAAGCUAUUUUUGUGACUUUUUAAAUCAUCAAUAUAGUCACAUCAUGCAACCCAUAUGUUUUGAUUUGUAUCAUUCAGAACUAAAGUUGACAAAUAACUCAAAAUCUAGCGUACAGGACCUGUUUCAAAUUAGCACUUUUACGCUCAACAUAGCCGCUUCAUGUGCGCGCUCGCUCGAGAAUGGGGAAAAAGUUCAAUUAUGUUCUUACUAUAAAAUAAUGUAAAAUAAUGGCACAGGAUUUAUAAGCAUAUCUUGUCUGUUAAAUGAACUACCUACAGCCUAGGCUGCCAUUGGCUUUGACGCAUGGCCAGAUAACAUGCAUUAGGCCGACUCAGAAUACACUGUUUUUUUCUUCUGAAAUACGUUUUCUUCAUAUCAUGUUUCUUUAGACCUGCCUAAAAUAAGUAAUUUAUUAUAUAUAUAUAUAUAUAUAUAUAUAUAUAUUUUACAGUGCAUUCGGAAAUUAUUCAGACCCCUUCACUUUUUCCAUAUUUUAUGUUACAGCCUUAUUCUAAAAUGGAUAAAGUUUUUUUUUUCCCCCUCAUCAAUCUAUACACAAUACCCCAUAAUGACAAAGCAAAAACAGGUUUUAAGAAAUGUUUGCAAAUGUAUUAAAAAUAAAAUACGGAUAUCACAUUUACAUAAGUAUUCAGACCCUUUACUCAGUACUUUGUUGAUGCACCUUUGGCAGCUAUUACAGCCUCGAGUGACGCUGCAAGCUUGGCACACCUGUAUUUGGGGAGUUUCUCCCAUUCUUCUCUGCAGAUCCUCUCAUGCUCUGUCUGGUUGGAUGGGGAGCGUCGCUGCACAGCUAUUUUCAGGUCUCUCCAGAGAUGUUAGAUCGGAUUCAAGUCCGGGCUCUGGCUGGGCCACUGAAGGACAUUCAGAGACUUGUCCCAAAGCCACUCCUGUGUUGUCUUGGCUGUGUGCUUAGGGUCGUUGUCCUGUUGGAAGGUGAACCUUCGCCCCAGUCUGAGGUCCUGAGUGCUCUGGAGCAGGUUUUCAUCAAGGAUCUCUCUGUACUUUGCUCUGUUCAUCUUUCCCUUGAUUCUGACUAGACUCCCAGUCCCUACUGCUGAAAAACAUCCCCACAGCAUGAUGUUGCCACCACCGUGCUUCACCGUAGAGAUGGUUCCAGGUUUCUUCCAGACGUGAAGCUUGGCAUUCAGGCCAAAGAGUUCAAUCUUGGUUUCAUCAGACCAGAGAAUCUUGUUUGUCAUGGUCUGUGAGUCCUUUAGGUACCUUUUGGUAAACUCCAAGCGGGCUAUCAUGUGCCUUUUACUGAGGAGUGGCUUCCGUCUGGCCACUCUACCGUAAAGGCCUGAUUGGUGGAGUGCUGCAGAGAUGGUUGUUCUUCUGGAAGGUUCUCCCAUCUCCACAGAGGAACUCUGGAGCUAUGUCAGAGUGACCCUUGGGUUCUUGGUCACCUCCCUGACCAAGGCCCUUCUCCCCCGAUUGCUCAGUUUGACUGGGCGGCCAGCUCUAGGAAGAGUCUUGGUGGUUCCAAACUUCUUCCAUUUAAGAAUGAUGGAGACCAGUGUGUUCUUAGGGACCUUCAAUGCUGCAGACAUUUUUUAGAAUCCUUCCCCAGAUCUGUGCCUCGACACAAUCCUGUCUCGGCACUCUACGGACAAUUCCUUCGAUCUCAUGGCUUGGUUUUUGCUCUGAAAUGCACUGUCAACUGUGGGACCUUAUAUGUCCAACCAAUCAAUUUACCACAGGUGGACUCUAAUCAAGUUGUAAAAACGUCUCAAGGAUGAUCAAUGGAAACCUGAUGCACCUGAGCUCAAUUUUGAGUCUCAUAGUAAAGGGUCUGAAUACUUAUGUAAAUACAUUUGCAAAAAAUUCUAAAAACAUGUUUCCGCUAUGUCAUUAUGGGGUAUUGUGUUAGAUUGAUGAGGGAAAUGUUUUAUUUAAUCCAGUUUAGAAUAAGGUUGUAACGAAUGCACUGUGCGCAUCAGUGGUUUGUAUGCGUGGAGGCCUGGAGAUGCUAAAUGUGUUUGUUAAUUAACGGUAAAAUUAAAGUGAGAAUGGCAGUCAUUUGCAUGACACUUACUGGCUGACAAAAUGUAAUGACUGCCACAGCCCUAGACAUGUGUUUAGGAUUGUAUUUAUUCUCUCCCCUCUCCCUCCUACCUAUUACUUCACAGUUCUCAUUCCCAGUGCCUGAACAGAUGCUGAUACGUUGCACCGUCCUACUAGCCUGUAAACUAGGUAAGAUUACAAGAGCUGGAACUAUGGCUAGAAACCAGGUCAGGGGAGAUGCACUGAGUGUAUAAAACAUUAGGAACACUUGCUCUUUCCAUGAGACUGAGGUGAAAGCUAUUAUCCCUUAUUGAUGUCACUUGUUAAAUCCACUUCAAUCAGUGUAGAUGAAGGGGAGGAGACAGAUUAAAGAAGGAUUUUGAAGCCUUGACAAUUGAGACAUGGAUUGUGUAUGUGUGCCAUUCAGAGGGUGAAUGGGCAAGACAAAAUAUUUAAGUGCCUUUGAAUGGGGUAUGGUUGUAGGUGCCAGGCGCACCGGUUUGUGUCAAGAACUGCAAUGCUGCUGGGUUUUUCACGCUCAACAGUUUCCUGUGUGUAUCAAGAAUGGUCCACCACCCAAAGGACAUCCAGCCAACUGGACACAACUGUGGGAAGCGUUGGAGUCAACAUUGGCCAGCCUCCCUGUGGAACUCUUUCGACACAUUGUAGAGUCCAUGCCCCGACGACUUGAGGCUGUUCUGAGGGAAAAAGGGGGAUCAACUCAAUAUUAGGAAGAUGUUCCUAAUGUUUUUUACACUGUACAUUCAUUUGCCUGUUGCCAACACUUCCAUUGUUGUCAUGCCCUAAAUGCAUGUCUUGUAUGAAAAAAUAAAUAAAAAUAAAUAAUAAUAAUUGUAAAGUGGUUAUCCCACUGGCUAUAAGGUGAAUGCACCAAUUUGUAAGUCGCUCUGGAUAAGAGCGUCUGCUAAAUGACGUAAAUGUAAUGUAAAUGUAAAUUUACAUUUUAGUCAUUUAGCAGACGCUUUUAUCCAGAGCGACUUAAGUUAGUGAGUGCAUACAUUUUUCAUACUGGCCCCCCGUGGGAAUCGAACCCACAACCCUGGCGUUGCAAGUACCAUGCUCUACCAACUGAGCUACAGGAGUGACAAGGGACGAUGGAAGAGUUGGCUACAGGACAUACAGUAUGGAAUGAAGCCAGAUGAGACCAAAUGUUGAUAAUUGUUGUAUAUGUGUCUCUGCACAGUUUCAGGGGAGCUGCCCAUGGUGUCCUCACAGGAGGAAUGUAGUAGGACAGUGUCUCCUGGUAGGACAGUGUCUCCUGGUGGUCCAGUACUGCCAGACUCCCCAGUCCAAAGAGUAGGCUGUUCAAUCAAAGCCCUGCUGGAGCAGUUGGUUCUCCUGUGGGGGAGAGACUGUUGUUCAUCAGCCCCCCUCCACCUGCUCUUCACAGAAAUGACACUCAGAGCUGUCCUCGUGGUCAGUGACUCACAGGUACGUCUCAGUAUAGUCUACAUGUGCAUAGCUACUUGGUGUAUGUUAUGGUUUUGUGUAUAUGUAGUUGAAGCAGAAUAUGUACACUACCAGUCAAAAGUUUGGACACACCUACUCAUUCAACGUUUUUUCUUUAUUUUUACUAUUUCUUACAUUGUAGAAUAAUAGUGAAGACAUCAAAACGAUGAAAUAACACAUGGAAUUAUGUAGUAACCAAAAAAGUGUUAAACAAAUCAAAAUAUAUUUUAUAUUUGAGGUUCUUCAAAUAGCCACCCUUUGCCUUAAUGACAGCUUUGCACACUCUUGGCAUUCUCUCAACCAGCUUCAUGAGGUUAGUCACCUGGAAUGCAUUUCAAUUAACGGAUUUGUGGAAUUUCUUUCCGUAAUGCGUUUGAGCCAAUCAGUUGUGUUGUGACAAGGUAGGGGCGUAUACAGAAGAUAGCCAUAUUAUGGCAAGAACAGCUCAAAUAAACAAAAAGAAACGACAGUCCAUCAUUACUUUUAAGACAUGAAGGUCAGUCAAUACGGAACAUUUCAUGAACUUUGAAAGUUUCUUUAAGUGCAGUCGCAAAAACCAUCAAGCGCUAUGAUGAAACUGGCUCUCAUGAGGACCACCACAGGAAUGGAAGACCCAGAGUUACCUCUGCUGCAGAGGAUAUGGUUCAUUAGAGUUACCAGCCUCAGAAAUUGCAGCCCAAAUAAAUGCUUCACAGAGUUCAAGUAAAAGACUCAUCUCAACAUCAACUGUUCAGAGGAGACUUCGUGAAUCAGGCCUUCAUGGUCGAAUUGCUGUAAAGAAACCACUAUUACAGGACACCAAUAAUAAGAAGAGAUUUGCUUGGGCCAAGAAACACGAGCAAUGGACAUUAGACCAGUGGAAAUUUGUCCUUUGGUCUGGAGUCCAUAUUUUUGGUUCCAACUGCCGUGUCUUUGUGAGAUGCGGUGUCGGUCAACGGAUGAUCUCCGCAUGUGUAGUUCCCACCGUAAAGCAUGGAGGAGGAGGUGUUAUGUUGUGGGGUUGCUUUGCUGGUGACACUGUCUGUGAUUUAUUUAGAAUUCAAGGCACACUUAACCAUCAUGGCUACCACAGCAUUCUGCAGCGAUACGCAAUCCCAUCUGGUUUGGGCUUAGUAGGACUAUCAUUUGUUUUUCAACAGGACAAUGACCCAACACACCUCCAGGCUGUGUAAGGGCUAUUUUACCAAGGAGUGCUGCAUCAGAUGACCUGGCCUCCACAAUCCCCCGACCUCAACCCCUAUUGAGAUGGUUUGGGAUGAGUCGGACGGCGGAGUGAAGGAAAAGCAGCCGACAAGUGCUAAGCAUAUGUGGGAACUCCUUCAAGACUGUUGGAAAAGCAUUCCAGGUGAAGCUGGUUGAGAGUGCCAAGAAUCUGCAACGCUGUCAUCAAGGCAAAGGGUGGCUAUUUGAAGAAUAUAAAAUAUAUUGUGAUUUGCUUAACACUUUCUUUUGGUUACUACAUGAUUCCAUAUGUGUUAUUUCAUAGUUUUGAUGUCUUCACAAUUAUUCUACAAGGUAGAAAAUAGUAAAAAUAAAGAAAAACCCUUGAAUUAGGUGUGUCCAAACUUUUGACUGGUACUGUAUGUAUUGAAGAAAUGACUUGCAUUGACUGACAUGUGGUUGUUUUACCUUCCUUAGUUGAAUCACUGACUGUAAGUCACUCUGGAUAAGAGCGUCUGCUAAAUGACCUAAAUGUAAAUAUGUCAUCCUUAUUUCAGGGACUAUUCUGUAGGUGUGAGUAUGUGAAGCACAGGUUUUAUGCCCCCCAGAUAAACCAGCAUGCUCUCUGUCAUAUCUCUACAGUGGGACAACUUCCUGUUCCUGGUCAGACAGCUGGUAGAGAGGGGGAUUCUGGGAGAGGAAGAAGUGGUCUCUCAUUGGAGGAAGCUGUCACAGUUACCUUGGCCAACGGUGAUUGUUUGAUUGAAACUUGAAAUAUGUACAGGGAGGGAAAAAUAUAUUUCAUCCUCUGCUGAUUUUGUACGUUUGCCCACUGACAAAGACAUGAUCAGUCUAUAAUUUUAAUGGUAGGUUUAUUUGAACCGUGAGAGACAGAAUAACAAAAAAAUCCAGAAAAACUAAUGUCAACAAUGUUAUAAAUUGAUUUGCAUUUUAAUGAGGGAAAUAAGUAUUUGACCCCUCUGCAAAACAUGACUUAGUACUUGGUGGCAAAACCCUUGUUGGCAAUCACAGAGGUCAGACGUUUCUUGUAGUUGGCCACCAGGUUUGCACACAUCUCAGGAGAGAUUUUGUCCCACUCCUCUUUGCAGAUCUUCUCCAAGUCAUUAAGGUUUUGAGGCUGACGUUUGGCAACUCGAACCUUCAGCUCCCUCCACAGAUUUUCUAUGGGAUUAAGGUAUGGAGACUGGCUAGGCCACUCCAGGAGCUUAAUGUGCUUCUUCUUGAGCCACUCCUUUGUUGCCUUGGCUGUGUGUUUUGGGUCAUUGUCAUGCUGGAAUACCCAUCCACGACCCAUUUUCAAUGCCCUGGCUGAGGGAAGGAGGAUCUCACCCAAGAUUUGACGGUACAUGGCGCCGUCCAUCGUCCCUUUGAUGCGGUGAAGUUGUCCUGUCCCCUUAGCAGAAAAACACCCCCAAAGCAUAAUGUUUCCACCUCCAUGUUUGAUGGUCGGGGUGGUGUUCUUGGGGUCAUAGGCAGCAUUCCUCCUCCUCCAAACACGACGAGUUGAGUUGAUGCCAAAGAGCUCCAUUUUGGUCUCAUCUGACCACAACACUUUCACCCAGUUCUCCUCUGAAUCAUUCAGAAGUUCAUUGGCAAACUUCAAACGGGCCUGUAUAUGUGCUUUCUUGAGCAGGGGGACCUUGCGGGCGCUGCAGGAUUUCAGUCCGUCACGGCGUAGUGUGUUACCAAUUGUUUUCUUGGUGACUAUGGUCCCAGCUGCCUUGAGAUCAUUGACAAGAUCCUCCCGUGUAGUUCUGGGCUGAUUCCUCACCGUUCUCAUGAUCAUUGCAACUCCACGAGGUGAGAUCUUGCAUGGAGCCCCAGGCCGAGGGAGAUUGACAGUUAUUUUGUGUUUCUUCCAUUUGCGAAUAAUCGCACUAACUGUUGUCACCUUCUCACCAAGCUGCUUGGCGAUGGUCUUGUAGCCCAUUCCAGCCUUGUGUAGGUCUACAAUCUUGUCCCUGACAUCCUUGGAGAGCUCUUCGGUCUUGGCUAUGGUGGAGAGUUUGGAAUCUGAUUGAUUGAUUGCUUCUGUGGACAGGUGUCUUUUAUACAGGUAACAAACUGAGAUUAGGAGCACUCCCUUUAAGAGUGUGCUCCUAAUCUCAGCUCCUUACCUGUAGAAAAGACACCUGGGAGCCAGAAAUCUUUCUGAUUGAGAGGGGGUCAAAUACCUAUUUCCCUCAUUAAAAUGCAAAUCAAUUUAUAACAUUUUUGACAUGCGUUUCUCUUGAUGUUUUUGUUGUUAUUCUGUCUCUCACUGUUCAAAUAAACCUACCAUUAAAAUUAUAGACUGAUCAUUUCUUUGUCAGUGGGCAAACGUACAACAUCAGCAGGGGAUCAAAUAUUUGUUUCCCUCACUGUAUGUCUCCUCUGCACUGUAUGGAACAGAAAAUCGGUGGUCCUCAUUGUACUAAUGUAAUAAUUGUUCAAAAUAUUUUUGGCAAGAGAAACCUGACAACUGUAAAAGACACAAAUAUGCACUAUUGGACUGCUUGUGAAUAACUCUCUCUUUUCACUAUUUAGGAAUUCAUAGAGAAGAUCCAGCAGCAGUCCUCUUCCACCACAUCCCUUCCUCUACCUGAGCUUCAGAACCACAUGGACGUGUUGCAUGUCUCACAACAACCUGUAGAGGGAGCCAACUGACCAUAUAGACCUAAACACAUGGCUCUGAGAGACAUAUGCUCUGUUGGCCAACACUGCCCAGUCUGUUAGAAGACAUAUGUCACUGACAGGUGUAGCUGAACUCUACUACUCUGGCCAGUUAGUCCAUACUGCCGUUCUAGGUUCCUGAGAUGUUAAACACACACAGACCGUGUUUAGAUGAUCAGCCAUUGUGAUACUGCACCCCUUGUCCUCACCCUUCUGGUACACCCUGCCCCCUGGCCUGUGGCUCCACCACAGGAGGAGCCACAGGCAGAGGAGACAAUCACCCGGAACAUCACUCGUAUGUACAGCCAGCCACAGUCAGUUCAGACUAAGCCCUAGCCGCAAACAUCGAAGGGUUAGGGCCAAGGGGAUGUGGUAGGGAGCGAGCGAGUUGGGAUCGACUGACACUGUCCUGUGUAGAGGUGCAAAUGGGAACCAAAAAGUCCUGCUGCUCAGGACCAGUGGUGGAGCCACAGGCCAGGUGGCAGGGUGUACCAGAAGGCAGAGGACAAGGGGUG